AUGUCAGAUUGGUUAUUUUUGAAAAAGAUGUGGAUUUUCUUAUUGCUUAUAAGCAUAUCCGCCGCCACUAUUGUUCAACGUUCAUCAGACUCUUACGAUUACACACAGGGCUAUAGCUAUACUGUACAACCUUUACGGUGUUAUGGUCAGACCAAUUCAUACACGAUUACUUCGAUUGGAACAGCACCAGCUCAGAAUAUAUUUGUCAACCUCUUUGACUGGGUUUUGGGUAUUGGAACCCCGGCCGCCGACCUUCAAGUGCUUGAUACUCAAUACGUGGGGAAUAAUUAUUUCCGCGUCACAUUAUCAUUCCAGAUACAAGGUUCCAUCGGAGGAUCUAUAACGACCACCUUGAACAAUUUGGGAAGCGCAUACGCCAACUCAAUUGUGAUCAAUGGCGAUGGAGCAGCAAACAUAUUCUCCGACCAGUACUCCUUCACCGCUACUGUGCUUGUUCAAGGAUCCUCGCAUAAUGGAAUGUCUUGUUUGCCAGAUAAUUUGCAAAUCACCUACAGAAUCGACAAGACAAUAUUAUUUGUCACAAAAACGAAAACAUUCACAUACACAUUGAAUCAAAAUUUCAAUUCCCCGUCUUCAACAAAUGGAGACUUGCAAGUGAGAAAUUAUUGCUGGAAGGGACCAGGCUGUACAGGAACUACAACCACUUUUUGGUCAAACACAUAUACGUCAACAACUACCAUCAGCAACGGGUUUGGAACUGGAACAGAUGAAGUUUUGAUCAAUGUACCAUCAAACAAAGCCAUAACAACCAGCGGGUUCUGGACAUACCCCUACACGUCGAAAUCAACAUUUAUCAACACCGUUGGUGGAACCGAUACAGUGUUUGUUGGAUACCCUCCAAAUCCCACCACACUGAAAACUAGUUUUUGGACAGGAACAGUCACAUCAACAAGCACUAUAAGGAAUCUACCUGGUAGCACGGAUACAGUAGUUGCCUUGUAUCCACCAAAUCCAACAGUAUCGUCAACUACUAUAUGGACAAAUGCGUUUACCUCAACUACCACAGUGAAAAACUCACCAGGAAUGACUGAUUACGUUGUAGCCGAGUAUCCUCCAAAUCCUACACGUACUACCUCGAUAUUUUGGACUCGGUCAAUCACUUCAACAACCACUAUGAAAAAUAAUGCAGGUGCCACUGAUAGCGUUGUUUUCGAAUACCCAGCAAACCCAACUACUACAACCUCUCAAUUCUGGUCUGGUACAUCAAUAACUUCAUCCACAAUAACUAACCCCCCAGCUAGUACGGAUACUGUAGUAAUAAAGUACCCGGCAAACCCAACAACUACGGUGUCGUCAUUCUGGGUUGGUAGCACCAUCUUGACUGCUACAAUUACCAAUGCUCCGGCAAGUACUGACACUGUGGUAUUGAACUAUCCUGCUAACCCAACAACUACAAUUUCCCAAUUCUGGACUGGUACUACUACAAGCAGAUCAACUAUUACUAAUGGGCCAGCAAGUACAAAUACCAUUAUUGUCAACUACCCAUCAAACCCAACCACAACGGUUUCGAAAUUCUGGGUUGGCAGCACUGUUUUAACAGUAACAAAUACCAAUGGCCCUGUAAAUACAGAUACGGUUGUAGUGAACUACCCAGCAAACCCAACAAGUACAGUAUCAUCUUUCUGGACUGGAUCCGCUACUUCGGCAAUUACGGUUACUCAAGGUCCUGCCGGAACCGAUGUUGUCGUCAAAGAGUACCCUUCAAACCCUACCAUCACAACUUCUCAAUUCUGGACAGGUACCACUGUGACGAAAUCUACAAUUACUAAUGGUCCAGCUUCCAUUGAUACCGUAGUGGUGAAGUUCCCUCUGAACCCAACUACAACCGUCUCUCAGUUUUGGACUGGGACUUCAGUGACGAAGUCAACUGUUACAAAUAAUCCAUCAGGUAUUGAUACCGUUGUUGUAAAGUAUCCCGCUAAUCCAACAAUCACUUUAUCCUCUUUUUGGACAGGUUUGGGAACUUCCAUAUCUACACUGACGCAAGGACCAGCUGGUACCGAUGUCAUUGUCAAGGAAUACCCAUCAAACCCGACAACAACAGUAUCAAGUUUUUGGACAGGAACAACUGUUUUGAGGUCUACAAUUACCAAUGCACCAGCAGGUACAGACACAGUGGUGAUAAACUACCCAUCAAAUUCCAAAUCCACAACAUCACAGUUCUGGACUGGCUCUACAGUUACAACGUCUACCAUAACUAACCUGCCGGGUGGUAUAGAUACUGUUGUUGUAAAAUUUCCAUUCAACCCCACAUCUACAUUUACAUCUUUCUGGACUGGCUCAGCUACUUCACUCCUUACAAUUACCCAGGGCCCCGGUAGUACUGAUGCUGUGGUUAAAGAGUAUCCUUCAAAUCCAACAACAACAAUUUCUAUGUUCUGGACUGGCUCUACAGUUGCAUCAGCAAAAUUUACUAAUGCACCAGGCGAAGUAGACUCCCUUGUUAUUGGGUAUCCAUCAAAUCCAACAGUUACUGUUUCCACCUUUUGGACCGGUUCCAAUACUGCAAAAACAAUUUUAACACAUGGUCCUUCAAAUACAGAUACUAUUGUUAUCCAGUAUCCGGCCAAUCCAACCACAACAGUCUCUUCAUUCUGGAGUGGUUUAGGAACUGGUUAUAAUACUAUAACUAAUGGUCCAAAUGACGUUGAUACAGUUGUUGUCGAGUACCCGCCAAACCCAACAACAACAGUUUCAUCGUUCUGGAGUCACAGUGGAAGCGGUAUAACAACAAUUACGCAAGGGCCCGAUAGUGUUGAUACUGUCGUGAUUGGGUACCCAGCAAAUCCUACGGUAACAAUAACAUCAUAUUGGUCAUUGAAAGCUACUUCACUGUCUGUUCAAAGUAACCAGCCUGCAAAAACCGACACUAUGUAUAUUUGGGAACUUCCAAUAACAACAGCAACAUCAGAAACAACAAGAACAACUUCUUCUUUUUCUUCUUUUUCUUCUUCUCCUAAUUCAUUAUUUUCUUCAACAACCACACCUGAUAUUGUGGUGACCAAUACUCAGGCAGAAGAUGCGUCAUCCACAUUUGACUUCACAAGCGAAUCAAGGACCGAGUCUAGCUUUGAGCUGGAUUUCAUGUCAGACUUAACAACUUUGAGUGAGCUAACAGACUCGAGUGGCCAUUCCACUGAACAAUCCGCAACACAUAUUGAUGUUUCUACCACUACAAACGAACUGAGUUAUAGUUUAGAGCAUCUGACUUCUGAUCCUGAAUUAGGAAGCAAAUUACAAACUACAGAGGAAUCAACCACAAGUGAAGAUUAUGUUACAAAAAGUCACGAUUCAAGUUUUUUUGAAGAAACUAUGACGGAUGAAGGCUCUCUAUCAACUACUGAAUCAUCCACUCUUAUGAAUGAUUCAAGAUCCAAUGAGUAUCUGACUACAGUAGAGGAAACUGUAACAAGCAAAACAUUAGGAUUGACAACAGAAGAAUCAACUAAUUCAAUUGCUGACGAGAUAUCCACAUCGUAUAGAUCUGUUUCGUUUGACAUGUCAAAUUCAUAUGCCGAGGAAUCUGACGUCACAGACUAUGUGACUACUUUCAAAGAAUCAACAACAAGCACUUACAAGUCAAGUCCAAGCGAUGUUUUUGCAACAAAUAUUGGCUCUAGCACUACCAUAGAAGAAUUCACCUCUAGUGAGCAACAAAUUUUCACAAGCAAACCGACUAGUCUGCUGAUCGACUCUGUAUUGAGUGAAGGAUACGACUCAGAUACAGAUAGCUACAGCGCUACUACCGAAGUUAAUGUUUCUUCUGAGGAAUUAAGCUCUUUUAUCGAUGUAUCAAUAACGAGUGACGCUUCCAAGACUGAUGUUGAAAUUAACACAUUGCUUGAUGAAUCAAGCACCAAUAAUGAACUGACCUUCACGAUGCACGAAACUAAUUUCGAGGAAGAAUCUUCAAAAACUGCUGAUGUCUCAGACUCUACGAGAGCUGAACUGAGUACAGCUAUUGAUGAAUCUAUUUUAAGCAGUGAAUUUGUAGCUACCCCAACCAAGCUGACUUCUACGGUAGAGUCCAACACUAAUGAAAAGCCAACAGGAAGCAUAGCUUACAGUAGUACUGAUGGGAAUAAUACUGAUUUAAAUGAUACAACUGAAUCAACUGCCGAGUCUAACAUAACUUCCAAUGAACAAAACACCAUUGGAGAAACAAUCACGAAUGAGCAAACAAGCUUCUUCACUGGAGAAAUAAACUCUCAACUUUAUUCUUCCACAGAAGAUGAAGAAAAAAGUAUUCUCACCAACAUUGAGUCCGGUAUAAGUACUGAUCUGUUUAACACUAUACUGAACUCAUUCACCAACUUUGAUUCUGCAAUUGUCACAACUGAAUCAUACACAGAAGAUAAUUCUGAAUCUAGCGAGCAAUAUACUACAAUUGAAGCUGGUUCAAGCUUUGAGGAGCUGGUUGCUACAUAUGAUGAAUUUAGCUCUGGCACUGACGAUUUGAGUUAUACUCACAAAUUGACCUCGAGUAAUGGAGAAACUAUACUCACUGCCCAAUCAAGUGAUUACUACUAUUAUGAAUCUCUGUCAUUUGAAGAGACGAGUUUUAUUUCCGAUGAAUCAGUCACUGAUUCGGAUUUCACUUCAAGUGAAGAUUCACAUAUGACUGCGCAGAGCUCUUAUUCCAUUGAUAGUUCCUAUACAGAUGAAGGAUACAUUUCAACUAGUGAAUCUAGUUUAUACACCGACCAGACAUGCUCUUCAGAACAAUAUGAGACAACUACAAAAGACCUCAGCUUUAAUACGGUAGAAUAUAGUACAGACGACGAAAUCAGAUCAUCGAUUGAUAUUAACAGCACAACAGAAGAACUGUUUACCUCUACUUUAGAGGAAAAUGUCUCCAUUGUAAAUGACGUAUCUGAUUCUACCAAAGAUUUUAUCACAACUUCAUCACAUGAUUCUACCUUAGAAAAAACAAGUUCUACAAAUGAAUCUACCGCUAAUGACUACGAUACAAAUCAAGAUUUCAGUAGCAAAGAGACAAAUGCAAUUGAAACCCCAAUUACUUCUGUUGGAUCAAAAUCAAUUACCAGUGAUAAUCUUAUCACAUCCAGUGAUGAAUCAAUUGUAACCCAAAUGCCAACUAAUAGUGAUGAGUACACUAUAAGUAAUACUGACGAAUCAAGUACUGCCGAACAAUUAACCACUUCUAUUUACACCAGCGAAAAUGAACAUUUCGAGUCAACCUCUGAUCAAACUAAUAUUCUGAAAGAAUCAAAAACAAGUAGCCAAUCUGAUAUAACUAUAUUCGAAACAAGUAGUGUUGAUGAGUAUUCAACAAGCGAGGAUGGCUCUACAAGUAAUGGGGAUGAUUAUUCCACUGGAGAGAGUUUAUUCACAAGUAGUGAAUAUGUUACAACUCAUGAACUUAGCUCAAUGACCGACAAAUCUAGAGGUACUGAUGAGACUGAAACAAGUACAGAGAUGUCUGAUAUAACGGAAAGUGCAACAACAAAAGUCACAAAUACAACUGAAGAUUAUUCAUAUUUUCCUACUGGUGAUGAGUCUUUUUCAAUUGACCUAUCCAAUAUUGCUACUCAAGCUACGAUGGAAAACUCUGAUAAACAGAGUUUUAUUGUAACAAUGACAACAGAUGGAGUAUCCAUUUCAAGUGAAGAGACCUUGGUGAACAGUUCAGAGCCGACUUUUAACGAACAAACCGUGUCGACUUUUAAUGAUUCAGUAAAAACAAACGAAAAUGUUUCUGGUAAUGAAUCUAGCACUUUCACUGAUGAUCCAAGCUCAACUAUAGAAAACAUUACUAGUGAAUAUACUGAAGCAACAAUUGAUCAAGCAAGUUUUAACAAUGACUCGUCUUUAGACGAUGCCUCCAGUACAGUAUCAAACAAAUUACAUACUAAUGAUUCAUUUAUGGCCUCUACUGAUUCAACCACUGACCACCACCAAGUAAGCGCCUCCGCAACUGAAGACAGUUUGAACAAAGAAACAUCAACUUACUUCCAAACAUCCUUUACUGAUGAGUUAAGUUUGACUACAAAUGAUUCAACUGCAACUACUCCGCCAAUUUCAACAAUAGACAUUUCAACUCUGUCGGAGGAAACAUCUGCUAUUGAGAAAAGUAGGGAAACCGAUAAUGGGUCAAGCUUUAUAGUUGAAUCGAUCAUCUCUACUGAUGAGCACAUUACCGAGUCAAGCUCAAAUGAAAUUUCUAUUCCUAGUAGUGAUUUGGAUUUUGAUACGUUGGAGUCAAUCUCCAUUGACGAGAUUUUGUCAACUACUUAUGAUGAAGUUACGACAAGCAAGGAGCUUUUAUCACAAUUUGAAACCAAUUCAGUUACUGGUGAAACAGUAUUUACAGAUGAGGUACUUAGUUCAUCUACUGAACCAGUGAGCUCCAUUGCAGACAUAUCCAGUUAUAAAGAUGCACCAAUAGAAACUGAAGAAUCUCUUUCCACCCAAAUAGAAUCUAGCUCAGUCACCAACAAAAUAAGUUUUAGCACUGCUCCAACUUCAACAGAUGGGUACUUUUCUACCGGUUUAUCAAAUAUUAGCAAAGACGUGGAUCCAACCACAUAUGAGGCUAGCCCAAGUCUGCAAUAUGUCUCAAGCCAUGAAUAUAUUUCUACUAUAGAAGAAACAAGAACCAAUAAUGCUUUUUCCACAUAUUCUAGCAUCUAUCCAGAAACAGAUAGUUCAAUUGCCAUGGAAAAAUCAUUUUCAACAGAUGAUUUUUCUACAAGUGAGGAAUCAAGUGAAAGUGAAUCAUCUGACGUAAUAAAGGACUUCUCUUCCUUCAUUACCGAUAGUAUAAGCUCAGACGUUGCGUCCACCAUGGAUGAGAAAGACACCUCUACAGACAGCGCUUUUAGUUUGCCUGCAGUUUCCACCACUAAUGACAAUUUGUUUUCAUCGACAGACAUAUUAUUUUCGAGUAAUAAUCAAUAUGCGACACUCACUGCUUUAUAUAGUCAAUCAGAAGAGUCGUUCACAUCAAGUGAUGAAGUUACUACAAAUGAUGACACUAUUAAUACUAUUACUGAAGAGGCUACUUCUUUCAAAGGAUCAAUGACUAUUGAUGGGUCUGGAUCUGUUCCCUCCAACGAGUCCAGUACCUUCAAUGAAUCAGAUACUACAGCUUACCAUCUUACUACCGACGAAACUGAAUAUUCCAAAGAAUUUAGCUCUACUGAAAUGGUAUCAAGCUCUAUUCAUGAAGUAACUUCAACUGUAGUUACAGAACCUAACGUCACCAUAGAAGGUUCAAGCUUUAAUGAAAGUUUUAACACCAAUAAUGAGUCCAGUGUAAUGGCGACAGAGUCUAGUUCAUUAGAAGAAUUGUCUUUCAGCAAAGAUUCUGGUAUCUACAGCUCUGAAUCAUAUUCGAUAGUUGAUUCCUUUUAUGAAACAAGCACCUACACAAUCGAUGAUGAGAGUUUAACUCAAGAUACUACUACCACUACAGUUAAUGCUUCGGGUCAACAGACCAGUACAGUUAGUAUAAUCACCAAUCAACUGACCAAUAGUGAUGGUUCAGCUACAAACAGCAAGACUAACCAGACUACUCAACAUGUAGUAUCCAUGCAAACGACUGUUUCUGACGACGAACCUAACUACACUACCGAAGAGAUUGACUAUAGUGAUGAUGUAAGCACCACCAAUGAAUAUCACACCAUUUUUGAUAAACUGACUAUCAGUACAGAUUUGAGUACGUACUCAGAUAAUUCAAGUACAAACUUUAUCGAGAGAACUUCACUCAGUAUCUCCGAAUCCAGCUCAACAGAUAAUCUUUACAUAUCCAGUUCCAUCCCCACCUCCACUUUGACUUUAACAACUAAGGUAGAAGAUUCGAUUUCAGAUGAUUCCUCUUACACGUCACUCGAAUCAUAUUAUAGUGACUUAUCAAGUUACCUUGAGGAACUCACCACAAUUCAAGAAACCAAUAUACCAUCCACCUCUAAUUCAAAUUUGAAUGUUAUCACCAGUUAUUCUGAUAUGUCAGCGACAAUUGCUGAGUCAGAUUUACCAACAGAUAGCUUUAGUUUCUCAAAUGAGUACAGCUCUGAUGAAGAUACCGCCACUAUAUCAAGAGACGAGUCAAGUUCCACCAACAAGUUCAUAUCUACCAACGCAUCUACCACAUCCAGCAAUGAAACCAUUAUUACCGACAUAACAAAUACUGAAGACACCUUCACUUUCCUUCAAUCAUCUGAUUCUACUACUAGUUCAAGCUUUGCCAUAAUUGAGUCAAGCUCAGUCGAAGAACCCAGUUCAGAUGCAAACGAACCAAAUUUUGAAACUGAUUCAAGUGCAACAACAGAGUACCACACCACAAACCAAGAGGUAACUACAGCUAUUGAGAUAUCAAAGCAUAGUAAAGAUAUUAGUUCUAGUGAUGAAACAACCAUAUCAAUUGAAGAUUCUGUUUACAGUACAGAUAUGUCAACAUUGCAAGAAUUUACUGAUUCCAUAGGUAAUGCAGCAACCAUUUCACAGCUUAGUGCCCAAGUGACAUUCACCUCAACAAGAGAUGAUGAAUCUACUUUGAACAGUAAGUCGCUCGCUGGUGUUGAACUUACAACCUCGGUUGGCGAUCUCGACAUUAAAAGUGAUUCAUUUGAAGAUAAUGACCUCAGUACAUUUACUACAGACUUGAAUACGAGCACUAAAACUACUACAGUUGAAGAGGGGCUGGCAAUUCUUAGUAGUAUUUUGAGCUUUUACAAGGAAUCUACUACAAACACAGACCUCAGUACAUUGACAAGUGAAGCAUAUUAUAGUGAAUCGUCAUCUAUUGUUGAAGAUACUACUAUAUCAUUUGAAAAUUCAAUUUCAAACGUGGAAAUAACCACACACAUUGUUGCCAGUUUAAGCACCGAUGAUUUCAGUAGCCAUGUUUUAUCUAGCACAAGUGAUGAAGUAAUCCAUACAUUUACAGAUAACCUGAUGGAUACACUUACCGAUGGAUUAAGCUCUAGCCUUGGGUUUAUUACAAGUGAAUCUUCAAGUUCCACUACAGAUUCUGUGUCAAUUCUUGAUAACAAAACGAGCAUUGAAACUAUCCAAACAAUAAAUGACUCCGAUUCUGGUAGUUUGCUCUCCGUUUACUCAACAUAUACAUAUACCCAUGACUCAAGUAUUUCUAGUGAUAUUGUUAGUGCCAUUGAGCAUGAAUCAGGUACAUUUGAAAUCAGUUUGGAAUCUACAGCAAGUCCUGGUGAUUCUUCUAUUCAAUUUCCUCAUACUCUAGAUGCAACUAGCUUUAUCGAAAGUAAUGGGGAACAAAUUCCGUCAAUUGAAUCUUCACCAAGUGUAACAGUUGAUUUUGGUAUGAGCUACCUGGAUUUAUCUCCAACCGUAACAUUAACUGAAAAUGAAAAUUCACAGUUUUCGUCCCUUACUACUGAUGUGGAACAUUUGACUUCAAAAGAAACAAUCACUACAUUGACAAAUACAACCUCAACAAUUUCCACAUCGGCUUCUACCUCCGACUUGAAAGAAUUUAGCUCUGGUUUAGUCUCUGAAAGCAUUGACUUUGCAAGCAAAUCAACAUUUGAUUUGGUUUCGAGUGUAUCUUCCAAAGUGACUACUUCAUCCAAUACUGUGAACACUAGUACUAUUGCAACUCUCUCAAAUGAAAAUGAUAAUACAAACUUUGGAAUUUCGUCGCAAAGCAUUAAUGACAUACCUUAUGUAACAAGCUCAGUAUCAGCAAAUCACAUUUCAGUCACUGGAUCUAGUGGUUCUGGAUCCGUUUUUGUUACAAAUACACUUUUAAGUUCUAGUACACCAACAAGUAGCCCUAGCUACUCUUUGGGUGAAUCUGAAUCCAAAUACAUUGCAGAAAGUGAUAUUCAUUCAUCAAAUGAAAGCGAAAGUGUUUUUAGAUCAUUAAAUGCUGAGGAGUCAACCACAUUGAUUACUUUAGUCAAUUCCAUUUCAAAUGAUGAUAGUGUAGCAAAACCUGGCACAAAAACUGACUCAAUAUUGUCCACAACCUCAGUUAGUUCUGUACCAUCUAAGAUUACAAGCCAGUCACCGCCGCAAGUUAGUCCACUAGAAUCCACAUCACAUAGCACGGAAGAUCAACAAUAUACCACUUCAGCUGAGUUUUCGCAUUUAUUGGAUGCUACCUCAGUUUAUGCUUCUGGCCCAAUAUUGCUUACAAAGGAGUCUUUAUUGACCACUUCAUACAGUCUGAAGUUGUCUUUGUCCACCACUAGUACUCCAAAUUCAAUAGUCGCAAGCAGUACUGGUCCAGUAUAUUGGAAUUCAAGUAAUGCAAACACUCACUCGAGCUCAAACAGAAAUGAUUUACAAUCCACAUUGUUAGCUUCUUCAACUUUAAAUAUUCUAGACACUGAAGCAAUUCAAACAUCAACCACGUAUGCGCUGGUUGUCACUGCAACAAAUUCCUUGAGUACAGACAAUAUUGAUCAAAAUACAAAAGGUGAUACGGAUAUUUUAACCGCUCAAAGUUUGACGAUUUCUCAUGAGCUAAUCUCAACCACUUUUGAUAGUCAAUCAGGUACAUAUUCUACACCAGCUUUAUAUGACCAAAGUCGUUGCAGCACUUGUUCUGCUAAUUCAAACACAGUUUCAGAGAUUCCUCCUAACACGACAAAUAAAAUUUCAACAGCUUCACCUUCUGACUUUAAGAAUACUUUAAUACUGUCAACUCGUGCAGUAACUAAACCAGACAUUCUUUCUUUACCCAGUAAAAGUGACUCAGGUGUACCAACAAACACACAAACUACAAAUUUCAACACUCAACCAACAACUCAACUUGAUUAUCUGAAUGUGCCCAGUUCGAGCUCUACUGGUCAAACAGGAAUCAUGGAAUUUCCAUCUCAACUGGAUAUACAACUGCUCAAUAAGCCAGUUUUAGCUUCAUCAAUCAAUAAAACCAAACCAACGUCGGUAAAACUGUUAUUUUUGGAGCUGUCAAAAUCUAAUGAAUCUGCUAGAAACACUUUAGCUGCAGAUAUCUCAAAUUCUUCCAAACAAGACUUAAGCUCUGAGGCCAAAACUACAAACUCCAAUAUGCCUUCCAAAACUAUGGGAUACGAAGGCGCAACAGAAAAGUCUCUGAAUAUUGAGAGUACUAAAACAAAUCAAGUAAAUCCAUCGUUAGUAGACGAAGAAGACGACCAUGAUUUUUCAACAACAACAACAACAAAAACAACUGGUUUACAAAAAACAAGCAAGUCAGAGCUUGCUCCAGUAGCUUUAUCUACGGAUGCUUAUGCACAAUCGGAAUUACCUAUUUUUGAUCCUGAUACAUUAUCAACUACUAAUGGUAUUGCUCAAUUGACAUCUGCAAAUCCAGUCCCACUGAGAAAAUAUGGAACCACUUUAAGCUCGGCUUCUAGGCCACCACAAUCUUCACCAUCUUCACCAUCUUCACCGUCAUCGUUAUCAUUAACUUUACCACAAAAUACAGUUUCUCUGUAUGAAGGUAGUGCAUCGUCACUCACUUCUAUCGGCACGUUCCUCAUAAUUACCAUCACUACAAUUGUACUGUGCUUUGUAUUGUGA